AGGACCGUUGGCUCUGCGGGCCUGAACCGCCAUAUUAAUAAAGAGAAAGGGGAGUGGGCCCUCCCUCCCUCCCAGCCCUGUAGUGUGCACGCCCCUCUUCCCGCCCGGCUGGCAGCGCCUGGUCGCCGGCCUCGUUCGCCUUUGCGCGGUGACAACGGCUUUUGCGGGCUGCGCCGAAUGAGGGGCCGGGGGAAAUGCCGACCAAUUGCGCCGCGGCGGGCUGUGCUGCCACCUACAACAAGCACAUUAACAUCAGCUUCCACAGGUUUCCUUUGGAUCCUAAAAGAAGAAAAGAAUGGGUUCGCCUGGUUAGGCGCAAAAAUUUUGUGCCAGGAAAACACACUUUUCUUUGUUCAAAGCACUUUGAAGCCUCCUGUUUUGAUCUAACAGGACAAACUCGACGACUUAAAAUGGAUGCUGUUCCAACCAUUUUUGAUUUUUGUACCCAUAUAAAGUCUAUGAAACUCAAGUCAAGGAGUCUUUUGAAGAAAAACGACAGUUUUCCUCCAACCGGACCGUGGAAUUUACAGUCGAACAGUCAGCAAGUACUACUCGAACACAGUUAUGCCUUUAGGAACCCCAUGGAGGCGAAAAGAAGGAUAAUAAAACUAGAAAGAGAAAUAGCAAGCUUAAGAAGAAAAAUGAAAACUUGCCUACAAAGAGAACGCAGAGCAACUCAAAGAUGGAUCAAAGCCACGUGCUUCGUGAAGAAUUUAGAAGCAAAAAACAUGCUACCCAAGGGCCUCUCAGAACACAUUUUACCAACGGCCUUAAACAAUCUUCCUUUGGAAGACUUCAAACUUCUCGAGCAAGAUCAACAAGGUAAACCAUUACCAGUUCUCUAAAUGUAAACUAGACAAGAUCUGCACUCAAGCUUUCCUUCCACAGAACCCGAUGCCCUUCUUCCACUCUUCCCAUCAUCGAAGAGACAGGGCAGUUGUACUAAAAUCAAGUUCUUAAAGUUUUACUUGAAGUAACAAUCACUGUAUAACUUGCAGAGACUUGAGUCUAAGAAAAAUGGGGAAAUGUAAUGACAGCUUUGAGAACGCAUAGAAGUGCCUUACAUGAGGACUAUGUACUUAGACAUUGUCUAGGAAACACUGUUUGUGGAGUGUUUCUGCUUGUGUUUUCUAAACUGCUGUCAAAUAGGAAUGACGAAUGAGACGUUCCUAUGAGGAAAAAAUUCUACACCAAAGUUGGGAUAUUACAUUCGAAAGAAUAUGCGAGGUGGGAGCUAAUCAUUAAAUGUGAACUUAAAACUA